AAAUACCGAAAAUGUGUAAGCGGUUGAAUGGAUGGAUGUAUGGACGGACGGACGGACAAACCGCCUAGAGCCAAACAAAAGGAUAGGCGUAUGAAGUGAACAGACAGGCAAAGAGGCAGCAGAGAGCGUCUAUGGUUGGAGAGUGUCGUGUAUAAAAGCCUUGCUGGACUGGGUGUGUAGUGUAGUUAGAAGCUGACAGCAGUAGGAAUUAGACAUAUACAACGUGGAUAUUUAAUCAAAGUGUAGAACCGAAGCAGUGUCAGUCAUCACCAGUUUUAAAAGAAAACUUCAGUAAAGAUUUUCGUACAAAAAGUGCCUAUAGUAUAUAUUGCAGUGUUAUUAAGUGAAAUCAGAUAAAAAUGAUGAUACAAGAGAAGCUCAUGUCGGGACAGUUCCUAUUUGAUUUGAAAAAUGAACACAAUAACUUGUUGCAUUCAGCCACCGCACAGCACGCACGUCUCUCCGCACAUCAGCCCUUCCUUACACACCACCAAAACUACAAUCCCAGCCUGCCGCUCACACAACAUGCGCUACACCAAACACACGCCGCUCUCCCAGCCGCCGCUAUUGAGCAGCUCGAACUCUACUCCGCCUACGCUUACCAACAACAGGCACAGCUGAUUGGCAGCGCCGCACAAGCGGAGUGCGUUAGCCGACACCAAUCAGCAAGCGAAGUGCUUGAUCUCUCACGACGCGAUUCCGUUGAGACUGCAUCGGUACGUAAAACACCUUCGCCUUAUCAUACAAAUUCGAGUGUCGGCGCCGAAUCGCCAGCGACAUCACCAACACACAGCCAACAGCAGCAGCAGUUGUUGCAAACAAAUUUGCUUUAUAACGCCCAACAACAAAUGGGACGGCUUGCGCCACCGUUAGCAUCCUUCUAUCCAGCAUUUUAUUCCUCAAUCGGUCUUACCAAAGAUGCCACUGCAGCCACCACGCCACCACUGGCAGCAGCGGUGACACCACCGGCAUCAAACGCAUCGCUUUACACCGCACAUACACAGACCUCACCAAUCUCUAAUAAUUCGUUGGCUGUUGCGACCGCCGUUGCGGCUGCUGCCGCCGCUGCAAACACAACGCCUAAUGGCAUGCUACACAAGCUCAAAACAGAAGAUGUGCACAUGACGCCACUCUCGCCCAGCUCCAGUCAUGAUGGACGCAGCAAAUCGCCCGCAAUGCAAGCCGCCAACGUUGCCGCCAACAAUCCAACUACGCCAAGCAGCAGCUCCGCAUUAAACGCGCUAAAGUCGACGCGCCCCUUUAAGGCCUUCCCACGCGAUCCGUUAGUUAUAGCCGCCAAUUUCGCCGCCACCGAUGUGCUAUUGGACAAUCCACGCGUCGAACGCUAUACGGAAUACCGUAAGCGCGUACUGGAGCAAAUACACAACAGCAAUGGUGGCGCGCGCACAAUCACCAACCCGAAGAUGCGUCGCAUGAAUUCACGACGCAACAGCAACACCAGUAGCAAUACGCCGGAGGGUGCCAGCAGCGAGGGCGAGGAACGUCAUGGCGCUGGCGCAGAUGAGUCUAGCGAUUGUGACUCCUCGUACACCGGCGGUCAUGCGGAUAAAGUGAGUUCUUCAGCGCAUGCCAACAAUGGUGAGGAAAAUAAUAAUAAUGUAAAUGGCACUGCCAAUAGCAGCAGCUCGUCUGCUGGACAAGUAAAGGACGCGGCUUACUAUGAGCGUCGUCGCAAAAAUAAUGCGGCGGCUAAGAAGUCGCGCGAUCGUCGUCGCAUAAAAGAGGAUGAGAUCGCCAUACGCGCUGCCUACUUGGAACGUCAAAACAUUGAACUGCUUUGCCAAAUCGACGCGCUCAAAGCGCAGCUAGCCGCUUUCACAUCGAAGGUUGUGAGCGCGUGAACGAGUUUUGCUCGGUCGUGUUGGGGGAAAAGGCAAGGAAGCAGGCAAAAGUAGCGUUCAACGUAGCCGCAAACUUAAUCCAGUUUUUAUUCGUUUAUACAAGUAAAUCCGCAUUGAGGAGCUCCAAAUUUAUUGUAGAAGUCUGAAUAGUGAAAUGAGUACAAAAAGGUUUAUAUGUUGUGAUUCUAAAAUAUACGAAUUUUUAGACUAGUAAUACAAUUGUAAAUAUAAUUAGUAUUUUAUAGAUUAAUUUUAUUUUUGUAAUUUAGAAAAAAAUAAAUUUUUAUAUGGAAAAGAACGCACUAAUUGUUUUAAAACAAACUUCUUUAUCGAGCCUCUACCCGAUUCAAUCAUGAUUCUUCUGAUCUGCCGGCUUAAACAACGUCUUGUCUUGUCGUAGAAAGAACAGAAGUUGGACGUUAUUAAAUAUACAUAUGCUGAUUCCCCAUUAUCUUUUGUUGAGUUACCUAACGAAAAACCUCGCAAGGCUUGUAAAACACUACGACCCGCGAAUACCUCCAUACUAUGCAAAAAUCGAACGAGACGCGAAAUAACCCGAUUUUCAUGCUGGUUGCAUGGUUACAUUCUACUCCAAUAUCUUUUGUGGAGUUAGCUAACGCGAAAACUUGUAGGACUUGUGAAACCCUAGACACCUAGAAGUAGCAUACCAUACGUUACCAUACUGUCCAAAAAUUAAGUGGUAUGUUAGAUAACCUAAUUUUCUUGCUGGCUGUAGCUAACUCAUUUUUUCGUCAGACCCGUGGAAUUAAAGUAGCUACUUACUUUAUAGAUUUACUAAGCCUACCUUUUUGUACAGCGCAUGAAGACCUGUCACAAGGGAAAGUAUUAAGAGGUCCAUUAAAUAUUAUACAACGUCGCCGCAUCGCCGGAUAAAAGCACAACUAAACUCUUUAGAAAACAGAUUAAUGAAAGGUGACUGGAGUUACUGUCGAUCACUUGAUAGUGACGAUAAUCAUUUAACAUAAAUUUAUUUUUUUGCUGAUCUUCAAUGCACGUAAAGCUUUGCAGUUAUCGGCCUCUACAAUAAACAGACGCAAUUGAAGGAAA